AUGCAAUCACCAAGCUCUAAAGUACUCUUGGCCAGUCUGAUGGGCAUAGUGGCGGCCUCCAACGUGGACACCACACCAGAUUCACACCUUGUCUAUAAGCGAUCAAGCUGCGAGGCUCGCAAUGUUUUCUUCCACUUCAACGACUCCUCCAUCGGAGUCACACCCUCCUGCUCAUGGAACGUGAUCAACCUUGGUGCUCUGAGCAUCUCGCAGGACAACCUCCCGCGUGCCUUAUCUAUAAGACAGAGCACAAAUUGCACCGAUGGCCCCAUCACAAACUACACCGUAGUGGCUGGCGAUUCUCUUGAAAAGAUUGCAGCGACAUUCGACAGUGGCGUGUGUGACAUCGCAGCCGCUAGUGGUGUCGACAAUCCGAACUUCAUUGAGGUAGGCCAGGUCCUGACCGUCCCGACCGACCUCUGUGAGCCCGACAAUGACAGUUGCAUCACACCACCUGGGUCAAGACCAUGUGUGCCGGAGGAAGAAGGAGCGGACCCGACUUAUGAGAUCCAGGCUGGCGACACAUUCUUCAUAGUUGGGCAGGAGUACAAUGUCACAGUCGACGCAAUCCGGGCAGCGAAUCCGUGUGUGGACCCGUCCACGCUGGAGGUUGGGCAGGAGAUCAAUAUCCCUAUCUGCCCAGACUGUGACUCGUCUACGUGCAGUGACUAA